UUUCUGGUGCGGAGUAUUGCUUAUCCGGUAUGAAAUUCGGGACACGUGGCAAACAAUGAUGGCAGCGCUGCUAGCGGGAAGCAACCAAUAAGAGAAGGCCUUAUCUAAUAUCCCUUAUCCUGCUCAAACGAAAGCCCACUCAAAACUGUCCUCCUCCCUUUCGAGCCAACCACCAGCGAGAGAGAGAGAGUGAAACAAUGGCGGCAGCAGCACCACAAGCGGCGGCUACGCUUAUGCAACCAACGAAGGCGGGGGUGGUUAGGAGCGGACUGCAGCUGAGAUCCUCCCCGAACGUGUGCAAGGCAUUCGGGCUAGACCCGGUCGGAGGCAGCAGGCUGAGUUGCGCCCUGCAGUCACCUGAUCUCAAGGACUUAGCUCAGAAAUGCGUGAACGCCUCCAAGAUCGCCGGCUUCGCUCUUGCCACUUCCGCCCUCGUUGUCUCGGGAGCAGGUGCUGAAGGAGUUCCAAAACGACUAACCUAUGAAGAAAUUCAAAGCAAGACAUAUAUGGAAGUAAAGGGAAGUGGAACUGCUAACCAGUGCCCAACCAUUGAUGGAGGAGUUGAUUCAUUCGUGUUCAAGCCCGGGAAAUACAACAUGAAGAAGUUAUGUCUGGAGCCAACAUCAUUCACCGUCAAGGCUGAGGGAGUGAACAAGAACACCCCAGCUGAGUUCCAGAACACCAAGCUCAUGACCCGCUUAACCUACACCCUCGACGAGAUUGAAGGACCCUUCGAGGUGUCUCCUGAUGGCACUGUUAAGUUUGAGGAGAAAGAUGGAAUUGAUUAUGCCGCUGUCACUGUUCUGCUGCCAGGGGGUGAGCGUGUGCCUUUCCUUUUCACCAUCAAACAACUGGUGGCAUCCGGAAAACCAAACAACUUCGGGGGAGAGUUUCUAGUACCAUCUUACCGGGGGUCGUCGUUCUUGGACCCAAAGGGACGGGGUGCUUCAACUGGUUAUGACAACGCAGUGGCAUUGCCAGCCGGUGGGAGAGGAGACGAAGAGGAGCUUAGCAAGGAGAACUUGAAGGAUCCUUCGUCGUCAACGGGCAAAAUCACCCUGAGCGUGAGCAAGAGCAAGCCGGAGAACGGAGAGGUGAUUGGAAUAUUUGAGAGCCUUCAGCCUUCGGAUACUGACUUGGGAGCAAAGGCUGCAAAGGAGGUGAAGAUCCAGGGGAUCUGGUAUGCCCAGCUCGAGUCAUAGAUGGAGCUUUUGUUGUAUGUAUGGAUGUAUAUCCGUUCCUGGUUUCAGAUUUGUUUUUUUUUUUUGUCUUAACUAUUUGACUUUUUUUCUGUGAUCUUAAUGAGGCAAGAAGCACUACCGCAACUAGCCAUUUUA